AUGACUGUUGCCACAGGCGACCCCUCUGACGAGGCGGCUGCACACCCGGGGCACCCGCAGGACUACGACCCGGAGGCCGACCAUGAGUGUUGUGAGAGGGUGGUCAUCAACAUCUCAGGGCUGCGCUUUGAGACACAACUCAAAACCCUCUCCCAGUUCCCAGAGACACUGCUGGGGGACCCCAAAAAGAGGAUGCGGUACUUUGACCCACUGAGGAACGAGUAUUUUUUCGACAGGAACAGACCCAGCUUUGACGCCAUAUUGUAUUAUUACCAAUCAGGGGGCCGGCUAAGAAGGCCAGUCAACGUCACCCUUGAUAUUUUCUCAGAGGAAAUUCGCUUCUACGAGCUGGGCGAGGAGGCCAUCGAAAUGUUCAGAGAAGACGAGGGUUUCAUCAAGGAGGAAGAGCGGCCCCUUCCUGAAAAUGAGUUUCAGAGACAGGUGUGGCUGCUGUUCGAGUACCCAGAGAGCUCAGGUCCUGCUAGGAUUAUUGCCAUAAUCUCUGUCAUGGUCAUCUUGAUAUCUAUAGUCAGUUUCUGCUUGGAGACCCUCCCCAUUUUCCGCAAUGAUGAGGAGGAAAUGCACAAGUCUCAUGCGGAAGUGUUUUCACCUGAGACCAACACCACAAUCAUCAGCUACACAUCCACCUACUUCACUGACCCCUUCUUUAUCCUGGAGACUCUUUGCAUAAUAUGGUUCUCCUUUGAGUUCCUGGUGCGCUUCUUUGCCUGUCCCAGCAAAGCAGGCUUUUUUGGUAAUAUAAUGAACAUUAUUGAUAUUGUUGCCAUUAUCCCUUACUUCAUCACUCUUGGCACGGAGCUAGCAGACAGGCCAGAGGAUGGUCAAGCAGGUCAGCAAGCCAUGUCUUUAGCCAUUCUCAGGGUCAUCCGCUUAGUACGAGUCUUCAGAAUUUUCAAGCUCUCUCGUCACUCCAAGGGGCUUCAGAUUUUGGGCCAGACCCUGAAAGCCAGCAUGAGAGAGUUGGGCCUGCUCAUUUUCUUCCUCUUCAUAGGGGUCAUCCUUUUCUCCAGCGCCGUCUACUUUGCUGAAGCGGACGAGCCCGAGUCACAGUUCGAGAGCAUCCCAGAUGCGUUUUGGUGGGCUGUGGUGUCCAUGACAACAGUCGGCUAUGGUGAUAUGGUCCCAACUACCAUUGGUGGUAAGAUCGUGGGCUCCCUCUGUGCCAUCGCAGGUGUGCUGACCAUUGCCUUGCCAGUGCCUGUCAUUGUGUCCAACUUCAACUACUUCUAUCACCGUGAGACUGAAGGUGAAGAACAGGCGCAGUACCUGCAGGUCAACGUCCCUAAAGCUGAUUCAGCGGAGGAGCUGAAGAAGAGCCGGAGCGGCUCCACCAUCAGUAAAUCGGACUAUAUGGAGAUCCAGGAGGCUGUGAACAACAGCAACGAGGACUUUCAGGAGGAGAACCUCAAGACAGCCAACUGCACACUGGCCAACACAAACUAUGUAAACAUCACCAAAAUGCUCACGGACGUGUAGUUAUCUAUUGUUUUCCUCCCAGUGACAGCGGAAAUUGCGGAGCUGAGCAACUGGACGGGACAGGUGUACAGCCUCCCCCCUCACGUGUGCUUGAAAAAUCAAGGCAAUAGAA